AUGGCGAUAGAGAAAAAAGAUUUGAAGCUCAAAUUAGAAACUGUCUGUCAGUCCAGAUUCGAACAUGGAGAAGAUGAAGCUGGAUUUGCAUGGUUAGCAAAGAACGUUAACCACAUGCUGUUGAUGGCGAUGGGGAAAAAGAUUAAGCUCAAAUUUGUGUGUGUUCUUGACGGGGAAGUGGAUCUGCUUUUUUUAUUUACGAAUCAAGGUCUGAUGAAGUUUGUCUUCAACAUGGAGCACCAGGGAAAAAACAACAAUACAUGGUAUAUGACUUCAACGUAUUAGGUUUGUGGUUACUUGGGAGACACCAAAAGUUGAACACUAUAACCUCAGGUCCUCAACUAUUCUACAUAGUCUAUAAAGAGGUUGUAACUAAAUAUCGAAUAUAAUUUAUGUGACUCAGCAGUGAAUAUGGUUUUAUAUUAGGAUUCGUUAAGAUUUUAUCCUUUUUCUUGAAGGACAUAAAGAAGUUAUAUUUUUGUGCUCAGCCAAAGAAAUAGGAACAAAUAUUGUCGUGGAAAAGACAAGAAUUUUUUAAAAUUAAAUUAAUUAAAUUUUCAGUGGC